AGAUUGCUUCCUUUCCCCUUUUCAACCUCGACGAAACUCCACAAUCCCCAUUACACCCCUUCACCAACCCCCAGCUUCCAUCUUCCUCGCUCUCCUUUUUAUCACCUUAAUACGAUCGAUGUUUUCGACCCCUAGCUAGCAUUCCCCCCUUACCAGCAACAAGACCCAACAUUUAUUUGCUUUUCUUCUCUUUUCCUGGCAGUCCUUAUGUCUAUCCAGACAGAGCAGCCAGGAGGGAUGGUUUUCCGAUCGAAACUCCCUGACAUUUACAUUCCCAAACAUCUCCCUCUGCACACAUAUUGCUUUGAGAAUAUAUCGAAGGUCGGCUCGCGCCCUUGUUUGAUAAAUGGUUCGACCGGCAAGGUGUACACGUACUAUGAUGUCGAGCUCACCGCGCGCAAGGUCGCUUCCGGCCUCAACAAGCUCGGUGUUGGGAAGGGAGACGUUGUCAUGCUCUUGCUACCCAACACGCCGGAAUUCGCGUUCGUUUUCCUCGGUGCGUCGCAUAUAGGUGCCAUGACCACGGCUGCCAACCCUUUCUUUACAGCUGCAGAGAUAUCAAAGCAAGCGAAAUCCUCCAAAGCAAAGCUCAUCAUCACUCAGGCAUGUUACUACGACAAGGUGAAGGAUUUCGCAGACGAAAAUGUUGUUAAGAUCAUGUGCAUCGACGACUCAGCCCCGCAAGACUGCUUGCAUUUCUCGGAGCUAACACAGUCCGACGAGAACAACAUCCCGACGGUUGACAUUAGCCCCGACGACGUAGUGGCACUGCCUUACUCUUCGGGGACGACGGGGCUACCCAAAGGCGUGAUGUUAACACACAAAGGGUUGGUGACGAGCGUGGCUCAGCAGGUGGACGGAGAGAAUCCAAACCUCUUCUUCCAAAGCGAGGACGUGAUUCUGUGCGUGCUGCCUCUGUUUCACAUUUACUCCCUCAACUCCGUCUUUCUUUGCGGAUUACGAGCUGGAGCAGCCAUUUUGCUCAUGCAGAGGUUCGAGAUUGUUUCCCUCCUGCAGCUGAUACAGAAGUACAAGGUGAGCAUCAUGCCCAUUGUCCCGCCGAUUGUGUUGGCCAUAUCUAAGUCCCCAGAUCUCGAUAAGUAUGAUCUUUCGUCGAUAAAAAUGCUCAAAUCUGGAGGGGCGCCGUUGGGCAAGGAAAUUGAAGAAACUGUGAAGGCAAAGUUUCCCAAUGCUAAAUUUGGUCAGGGAUAUGGAAUGACAGAGGCAGGUCCAGUACUGUCAAUGUGUUUGGCAUUUGCCAAAGAACCAUUUGAGGUGAAAUCAGGAGCAUGUGGCACUGUUGUAAGGAAUGCAGAAAUGAAGAUCGUCGACCCCGAAACUGGUUCCUCCCUGCCCCGCAACCAACCCGGAGAGAUUUGCAUUAGGGGCGACCAGAUCAUGAAAGGUUACAUUAAUGAUCCGGAAGCCACAGAGAGAACCAUAGAUAAAGAGGGUUGGUUACAUACGGGCGAUGUCGGCUUCAUUGACGACGACGACGAGCUCUUUAUCGUUGAUCGGUUGAAGGAAUUGAUCAAAUACAAAGGGUUUCAAGUUGCCCCUGCCGAACUUGAGGCCUUGCUACUCACCCAUCCCAACAUCUCUGAUGCUGCUGUCGUCCCCUUGAAAGACGAUCUAGCGGGAGAAGUCCCUGUUGCUUUUGUGGUACGAUCAAGUGGUUCUAACCUCACAGAGGAUGCAAUUAAGCAGUUUGUGUCUAAACAGGUGGUGUUUUAUAAAAGAAUAAACCGAGUAUUUUUCAUCGAUGCAAUUCCAAAGUCGCCGUCGGGGAAAAUAUUGCGCAAAGAUUUGAGGGCGAAACUGGCCGCCGGCCUUCCAAGUUGAAUCCGGCCAGUACCAUAUAUAUAUAUAUAUAUAUAUAAAGCUAUACGAAAGCUAUUGGACUUUGCUACAUGAAUUACUUUGUAUUUGAAAAGAAAGUAUGCGUAAAGGACUUGAAUUGCAAUUUCAAAACCAAUUAAUACUAAAUGUUAUAUAUGAUUUGUUA